AGAGCAAAUCCAAAGACAAUACAGGACAAAUUUCUAGUCGGGUAUCAAGGAUGGUUCACAUGCAAGGGAGACGGCAAACCCAUGGAUCCUAACCACCACGGAUGGCUGCGCUGGUUUGAUAAACUGAUCCCAGACGGUGGACGCCCCAAUACAGACCUAUGGCCAGAUGUAUCCGAAUACUCCCCAUCCGAGCUGUUCCCCGCCCCAGAUCUCCAAAAUGCAGAUGGGGAGCCUAUGUUUCUCUUCUCUUCUCGAAACUCAAAGACGGUGAGGCGCCAUUUUCACUGGAUGGCGUUACACGGCGUCGAUGGCGCAUUUUUGCAACGAUUCGCAGGUCAAUGCGACGUGGAGGCGGGCACCAUAGCAAUCAGGAACAUUAGAGAUGAAGUGGGUGAUCGUGUCAUGGAGGCUGCUGAAGCAGAGGGAAGGGUCUUUGCCAUAAUGUAUGAUGUCUCGGGUGUUCACCCAGACAAGAUCCAACGGGUGCUCGAGCAAGAUUGGAUGCAUCUAAUACGUGAUAAGUGUGUCCUAGACAGCCCAAAUUACCUCCGGGAGAAAGGCAAGCCAGUCAUUGCACUGUGGGGUUUUGGAUUCAAUCAGAGAAACCACUCUCCACAGGUCGUCAGAUCUAUUGUCAAUUUCUUUCGUUCCUCCACACCAGGCGGUGCUUAUCUUAUGGCCGGCGUACCUGGACAUUGGCGCACAUCAACAUCUGAUAGUGACCCAGACCCCGAAUUUUUGCGGGUAUGGACAGAAGAAUUUGAUGCGCUAAGUCCCUGGACUGUAGGGCGUUAUGGUAACGAAGAGGAAGCGGAACGCUGGGGGAAUGAGAAAGUUAAACAGGACUUUGAUUUUCUGAAGCGAAGAGGAGACGAAGGGGGGAAAAGAGUAGAUUACAUACCCGUAGUGCUCCCUGGAGGCAGCGGCUACAAUCUCUCUCGCGGGAAAUGGGGACUCAAUGGAAUAAAGCGUAACGGGGGCCACUUUCUCUGGAAACAAAUCCACGCCGCACGACACGCAGGGGUGCGCAUCAUCUAUGGCGCCAUGUGGGACGAAUAUGACGAAGGCACGGCAUUCAUGCCUGUCGUCUCUUCUUCAAAGCAACUCCCAGUUCAUCCACAGUUCAAUUUUCUAGCGCUCGACGCUGAUGGCCACUCGCUUCCGUCAGACUGGUAUAUGCGCAUAGCUGGUUUUGCUGCUGAAUCCCUGCGCGGUGACCGUAUGUUGCACAAGUCAUUUCCUGUCAAGGAGUUGCAGGAUUAUUGGGUCACUCGUCCCAGAUAUGAGGAAACGACACCUCCAAGGGAAGAGGCGGAGCAAUGGAAUGAAGCUCAAAGAGCAUACCAUGAUUGGGCUGCACAAGAGGAAGGUGCAGUGAUAGACGAGGCGCCUCCACCAUAUACGCUAGAAGAUGAG